UGGGCGAGCCAUACUUCUUGCGAAGAAACAGCUUCACCGAGCGCGGGACUACUUCCUAUCCAACCAUAUUUUUGCACCAUUAUUUGUCGACUAUGUCGGAUCGAGAAUUCAGUUCAAACGACGACCUGUCGCUGCCAAAAGCGACGGUCCAGAAAAUCAUCACCGAAAUCCUCCCGCCUUCCUCAGGCCAGACAUUCUCCAAAGAUGCCCGCGACUUGCUCAUGGAAUGCUGUGUCGAGUUCAUCACCUUGAUCUCCUCCGAGGCCAAUGACAUUAGCGAGAAGGAGGCCAAGAAGACAAUUGCUUGCGAACAUGUCGAGCGCGCCCUGCGUGAUCUUGGCUUCGGCGACUACAUUGCCGAUGUCCUGGCUGUCGCGGAAGAACACAAGGAACAGUUAAAGUCCCGAGAAAAGAAGCAAAGCAAGAUGGAACAAAGCGGUUUGUCCGAGGAAGAGCUGCUCCGACAGCAGCAGGAGUUGUUCCGCUCCGCGACCGAAAAGUAUCACGCCGCUCCGGAGUAGAGGCAACGACUAUGCAUGAAAACUGUAAUGUGGAUUGAUCUCAUGCUGGUCAUAGGAGAUCUGGGUUCUGGAGUUUGAAAUUCCUGAGGACAGAGAUUCGGAGUUUGUUGGUUUGGGUUGUGCUUGGGAAAAAGGUUGGUUGUUUAUUUCGUGCCCUUUGAGGCUUCGCUAGUUUGGCUCAUCUAAUCCUACAUUGCUUGUGGCUGAUCCCGCAACAC